AUGCCGGACGUCAAGCGUUCGAUCAAGAUCAUCACCGAACAAAAGAUCAUUCCUGGUGCAGACAGUGGUGUGGCGGGCUUUCCCCUGCGACAUUGGUCCAUGAAAAUCGUCCUCCUCCAUGCAGAUACAAAACAAGAAAUCGAUGCAGACAUCUUCGACUCCGUCACAUACCAGCUUCACGAGUCUUUUGGUGAGAAGGCCCGACAAACCAUCACGAAACCACCAUUCCGCGUGGCUGAGGACGGAUGGGGAGAGUUUGAACUUGCAAUCGAAAUGAAGGAUCUUGCUGGCAAGACACACACCGUCGUCCACGAUCUCAACUUCGCGAACGCCCGGUAUGAAACAAAACAAAUCAUCACAUUCAAGAACCCGAAAGGCGCUCUCCUUGAGGCUCUUCGUAACUCAGGUCCUAUUCCUGGCGAGACUACAACCAACGGUGCAGAUGCUGCCAGCAAGAAGCGCGCCAGCGAGAUUGGCGCCGGUAGUACUCAGAAGAAGAAAAAAGGCGGAGAUGGCAAAGCGAUCGACAUGGACAAAUUGGCCGAGGGUCUGCAGAAACUUGGUGAAGAUGAUCUUCUUCAGGUUGUGCAGAUGGUUCAUGACAACAAGAGCGAGGAUUCCUGGAUGAGAAAUGAUGUUGAGCAAGGGGAAUUUCACGUUGAUCUCUACACUCUCCCCGAGAGUCUAAUCAAGAUGCUUUGGGACUUCACCACAGAGAAGAACGCCAUCUCUGCAUCUGCUUGA